AUGUGGCAGUCUGUUCUACAGCUGUACAUGCAGCAUUUGCGUGCAGCUACAUGCCCGGACAUCACUGCAGUUCGAAGCUCUGAGCUGAUGCCGCCACAGCUGUCUGAGCCUUACAUGGCUCAUCAGAGAGUCAUGCUCACAGCCUCACAGCUGCCUGCCGUCACUGCCUCUGCACAGGUUCCUUGCCAGUCCUACUCGGAGGUUAUCAGCAGCAGCGUAGCCUGCCCCCAGACCCGCAACCUCACCCAAACAGCCUGGAACCACAGACAGCUGGCCAGUGGCCAGAACUCCUACCCAGACACAGGCAGUUCCUUAUGUAGGGAAGGAAGGGGGGAGGUAUUUGAUGCUGGUGACUACUUUGGUAUAAUGCAAGUAGAAGAGGUGGAUGAGGAGGAAGAAGGUGAUGAAGAAAUGGAAGAAGAAUUAAAAAAGAAACCAAAUCCUGGAAAUGAAACUUGUUUCAAAGUUAUUGUAACAAAUGAGAAUGGGCUUCAAGCCUCCAAUCCCAAUAGCAUUUUCCUCAUUGACCACGCCUGGACGUACCGUGUUGAACAUGCCCGCCAGCAGCUACUUCACGUACCUGGCUUACUGCACAGAAUGACAAAUCUCAUGGGAGUUGGCUUUCACGGAGAGAUCCCAGAUGAGGGCAGUGUUGAGCAAGUGUUGCAGGAAAUGUGGAAAUACAAUCAGACCUACCAGCUUUCUCAAGGGACUGCCGAGGAGAAGGUUCCUGUCUGGUACAUUAUGGAUGAAUUUGGAUCACGCAUUCAGCAUUCAGAUCAGCCUAGCUUUGCAACAGCACCUCUGUUUUAUAUGCCUCAACAAAUUGCUUACACUGUUCUCUGGCCUUUGAGAGACCUUGAAACUGGUGAUGAAGUGACUCGUGAUUACGCUUAUGGGGAAACAGAUCGCUUGAUCAGGAAGUGUGUUUUGUUACCAUGGGUACCUAAUGAAGUGUUGGAUGUCAACUGUUUUACGCCAGAGCCAUCAGAUGAGCAUUACCAGGCUAUUUUAGCAGAAAACAAGGAAAAACUGCCUAUAGCGAUAAACCCACCAGUUUAUGACAAAGACAAAAUUUUCAAGGUUUUCACAGACAUUCAGCAAGUCCUCAACAACCUGACACAUCCCCGUUUUGUGUUCACAGACAACGAGGGAGAAGCAGACAUCCUCUACAACUUCUCGCACUUCAAAGAUUAUAGGAAGCUAAGUGAGGAAAGGCCUGAGGUAAUGCUGAAUCAGUUCCCAUGUGAGAACCUCCUGACUGUCAAAGACUGCCUGGCAUCCAUCUCUAGACGAGCUGGAGGACCAGAUGGGCCAAGAUGGUUGCCUCGUACUUUUAACCUCCAAACAGAAUUGCCUCAGUUCGUGAGCUACUUUCAGCAACGCGACAGAAGAGGAGAAGACAAUCACUGGAUAUGCAAACCGUGGAACUUGGCCAGAAGCCUGGAUACCCACAUCACCAACAGCCUUAACAAUAUCAUCAGGCAUAGGGAAAGCAGCCCAAAGGUAGUAUGCAAAUAUAUUGAGAAUCCAGUCUUGUUUCACCGAGAAGAUGUGGGGAUGGUUAAAUUUGACAUUCGUUAUGUUGUAUUGCUGCGGUCCAUAAAACCACUCAAGCUGUAUAUCUAUGAUGUAUUCUGGCUGCGCUUUUCAAAUCGGGCAUUUUCACUUGAUGACUUGGAUGACUAUGAGAAGCAUUUCACAGUCAUGAAUUAUGCUCCCGGUGUAACAUUAAAACAGGUACACUGCGAAGAAUUUAUUCCUCUGUUUGAAAAACAAUAUCCUGAAUAUCCUUGGACAACCGUACAAGCAAACAUUUUUAAGGCAUUUGCUGAAUUGUUCCAAGUUGCUUCAGCUAAACCUGCACCUCUUGGCAUCUGUGAUUAUCCAUCAUCAAGAGCAAUAUACGCUGUUGACUUGAUGCUUAAAUGGGACACCAGCAGAGAUGGGAAAAGAAUUAUGCAGCCUCAGAUCCUGGAGGUGAACUUUAAUCCUGACUGUGAUAGAGCCUGCAAAUACCACCCUACCUUUUUUAAUGACGUCUUCAGCACCCUAUUUCUGGAUGAAACAGACAGCUGCCAUGUGACAUGCAUUGUCUAGCCACAGGAGGCUCAACUCUAUUUCCUUCCCAGAUAUGCUUAACAGCAAGAUUUAUAUUUCAGUUCUAUGAGCUGCUGAUGCAACUAUUUUCCUAUACUGGUAACCCGGGAAAAAAGUCAUAUCAAAAGAAUAUGCCUAUACCAUAUACUGUAUUGAUAAUCAUUUUGUCUGCAUUUUCCUUGUCUUGCUUAGUUCUAUAAAUCAUUGGUUUGCAUUGACCAAAUAUCUUGUUUCUUGAAUAUGGGAGACCUCAAAAUAGGACAGUAACUGGAGCAAUUGACUUGUUUCUCAGGUAGCCUGAUUGCUUGCUUGCUGGGAAACAUUGCACAAGUUCCUCAUGUCAACAUUAAAACUAUAAUUUACU